AUGACCAAAGCUUCCAUCCAGAGAGUACAGACAUUCCAAAACACAUGCCUCAGGCGCAUACUCAAGAUCAGAUGGCCUGAGAAGAUAUCGAAUGAAGAUCUGUGGAGAAGAACUUGCCAACAGCCUUUGGAUGUCCUGACCAGACAGAGGAAGUGGCGCUGGAUUGGGCACACGCUCAGAAAGCCUCCAACCAGCAUCACACGCCAGGCCCUUCUUUGGAACCCACAGGGGAAGAGAAAGAGGGGACGUCCAAAGAACUCCUGGAGACGUGACACCGAGUCUGAGCUGAAAGCCAACAACAUGUCCUGGCACGAUGUCACCAGAGCAGCCCAGAACCGA